AAAAUUGCUUACGUUCGGGAGCAGCACGGCUCUUCUGCAAGGUCGUCGUCGUCCUCGUCCUCAGAAGAAGACCUCAAUGAACGACGAGCAACGGUACCUAGCACAAGUAGCACGAGCCACCACCACCACCACCACCAAUCCUCCCCUCAGUCUCAAUCCGUGGCCCCUGGUGGCAGCAAGCGGUCACGUUCCUCACCAGCCUCUGCCUCUGCAGCAGCGUCAUCUUCGUCCUCUGUUGCUGGUCCGUUAGAGGCUCAGCCCGGCGUGGAUCGAAAAGAGGACAAACUGAAUCGACGACAGCGCAGCCACCAGCAGAAGGAGGACCAGAAAGAGCAGCAGCAGCAGCAGCAGCAGCGUAGAAAGUCUCAGCGGCGCCGGAAGCAGUCGGGAGCGAGUGCGGAACAGGAAGCGGCGGACAAGGGCGGCGUCGACCAGGGGGAAGGGCUCGAGGGCAAAGAGAGCUCCUUGACCUCAAGUCCCCAGAGCAAACGACGCAGAAUGUUGAACGACAAUAGCAAUCUCAACGGAGCGACGGCUUCGCCGAUGGACUCGUCUUCGUGCGACAUGAAUGGCCACAACAAUAACAACGGCCAGCAGGAGGUGGCACCGGAGUCGAGCAACGGUGCCGUGGCCACCAAUGGCGAGUCCUCGGGUCAUCGUGCCGCUAUCAAGUUGGACAGAACUAACCAGGAGAUUGUGCGACUGAUUGGACAACACUUGAAGAACAUUGGACUGGAUCGUAGUGCCGAAGCGUUGAUGCAAGAGUCCGGCUGUUGCUUGGAGCAUCCGUCGGCGUCCAAGUUCCGUCAGCAUGUGCUGUCCGGUGAUUGGACCAAAGCUGACCAUGAUCUCCAGGAGUUGCAGACGAUGGUCGAUUCGAAAACGGAUCGUACCAGCAUGAAUGAGAUGAAGUUUUUGCUGUUGGAGCAAAAGUAUUUGGAGUUUCUGGAGGAAGGUCGUCCGAUCGACGCUCUGCACGUGCUGCGUAACGAGUUGACACCGUUGCAGCACAACACGCCUCGUGUUCAUCAGCUGUCGUCGUACAUGAUGUGCACCAACAAUCAACAGUUGUACCAGCGGGCCAACUGGGAAGGCAAAGGUGUCAAGUCCCGCACCCGACUGAUGGACCGUUUGCAGUCGUACCUGCCGGCCACCGUCAUGCUGCCACCGAGACGUCUCCGUAGUUUGCUGGCGCAGUCGGUCGAGAUGCAAACUGAACGCUGCAAAUGUCACGAUAUGGCCUGGAGUACCAACAUUGACAACGUGUCGCUGCUGGUUGACCACAACUGCUCGUCCGAGGGCUUCCCGAUGCAGGCGCUGCACGUACUGAACGACCACUCGGAUGAGGUGUGGUUCUGCAAGUUUUCACCGAACGGCCUUCGGUUGGCAACGGGCUCCAAAGACAACACCGUCAUCGUUUGGGAGGUGGAUCCGGUCAAGUUGGUGCUGAAAAAUAAGAAAAUAUUCGAAAAUCACACCUACGGAGUUAGCUUUAUCGCCUGGAGCCCGGACUCCAAGUACUUUAUCGUGUGCGGUCCGGAGGAUUGCCCCGACCUAUGGAUCUGGGACGUGGAGCACGAAAAGCUCGUGACGAAGGUAUCGCAUUCUACCGACGACAGUCUGACAUGUGCCGCGUUCAACAAGGACGGCACACGAUUCGUCACCGGAGGCACUCGGGGCCAAUUUUAUCUGGUUGACCUGGACGGAACCGUCCACGACCACUGGGAGGGAGUUCGUGUGAACGGGUUGGCGUUCCGUGCGGACAACAAAACGAUUCUAGCUGCCGACACGCACUACCGAAUACGGAGCUACAGCUUCGACAAUGCCCGCACCGAUGCCAACCUCAUCCAGGAGCAGUGCCCGAUUAUGACGUUCUCGGUCAACUCGGCCGACCGACUGGCGUUGCUCAACAUCUCGUCGCAGGGUCUGCACCUGUGGGACUUGCAGGACAAGUGUCUGGUGCGACGCUUCCAGGGCGUUACGCAGGGCAAUUACACCAUCUAUUCGUGCUUUGGCGGCGUUAACGAAAGCUUCGUCGCAAGUGGCAGUGAGGACAACAAGGUGUACAUCUGGCACAUUCGCCGCGAGGAACCGCUGGCCACGCUCGUGGGCCACACGCGAACCGUCAACUGCGUCAGUUGGAAUCCGGUCUAUCCGUCCCUGUUGGCGUCCGCUUCCGACGACGGCACGGUACGGAUCUGGGGACCGAAACAGCCCCAGCUGGCCUGGGCCGCCACCAGCAACAACGGCGACUCGGCGUCGAUCGCCUCCACCAUCAGCACCGCCUCGUCCGCGUCCUCGUCGUCCUCAUCGUCGUCCGGUGGCGCGAACAACGACCUUAUAUCCAACUCUUCGUGGAAUAUCACAUAAUAUUAGAUUGUGCAACUAUUGCCGCUUUACCCCACCCCUUUUCCUUUCUCCCCCUCAUCUCAAUUGAUCGUGUUAAGCAUUAUAUUCGGUUCAACAAUAUAAACUCUAAAUUUAGUGAAGUAAUUUAACGGUAAUAUUAAAGGAUAAAAGAAUAUUAUUGUAAUGAAACAAUAAAGGAAAAUGAAGAAGAAGAUAAAAAAAAUCCAAAAAACACUUUCACGCAUACACACUCUCACCCGCAUUGCGCAAACAAUAUUCAGUAAUAAUUAAAGGCUAAUUAUUAUAAUCGAAUAGUAAAACAUCAAGAGCAAAACAAAACAAAAAACCCAACACGUGAAGAAUGACGGUAGCAAAAUGUAAUAAUCGAAUCCACGUGCACUCACAUAAGCAAACAAUAGCGAUAACAACAUUCGAGAUGGAUCGAUUUGUCGAACAACAACAUACUAGAAUUAAGGCCAUUUCAACGCUCGCCGCGGUAGUUUCCACACAAUAAUCAAACAAAACAAAACCAAAACCAAACAAGAAAAACAAUGGUGUAAACAACAGUUGUAUUGUAGUGUUGCAAUAUAUUCGAACACAGUAAAACAGAACCGAGUAGAAGAAACAGAGCCGUGUGGUGUGAUGAUGAUGCGGAAAGUUUGGAUGAAAGUGUUGUGAUGAUGAAUUUGAAGCAAAUUAAUUAUACUUUUUUUUUAAUUGCUGAUUGAACUAACACGAAAUGCAAAAAGAAGAAGAAGAAAGAUAUUGUAAUUUGAAUUAAAGAUUUUAAGAUAUAUUUUUUUUCGUUUGGUCUCUUCAUGCGUAAAAGAAAAACGAAAAUCAUUUAAAGUUGAGUGUAAUACAAGAGAGUUUUUUUUAUUAUGUUUUUAAUGAAUAAAAUUACACCUGAUUUUGGUGUACUUGCAUGAGCGAAACCGUAGAUUUUUUUAUUUGCAAUAUACCCCCUCUCUUAAAUCUAACAAAUUAGUGAAAAACAUUGGCUCCCAUGAGAAUCUAUUUAUGCACAUCGUCGCUUGUUUAGUUUAAACACAAUUGUGAACAAAUCGUAGGUUAGAGCGAAAACGUUCGAAUAAGAAGGAAGUCGAGACAGAGUUUGUUUUUUAUAUACAUAUUAGUUAAUGACUUAUCGUUUUUAUU